UGUAUUUUGGGGGUGCGGUUUGAAUGGCAGAUGUAUGACCCUGAUCACGCAAAACCAACCUAGGAAAAAGCAGUGAUUUCUUCUCGUCCACAUCUUCUCUUCAUUCCUGCUCCCCCAGCUGCAUCUGUCACUUUGCCAAACUGGCAGGCUCUGGGCAUUUUGCACGCUGGAGAAAAUCACUGUUUUGCCUCCAGCAAGGAACAGAAAUGUUGCAACACUGACUCCUCCUCUAAUGAAGAAAGAGUGAACAAGUGCACCUAGCGGAGCUUCUCAGAGCCACCUGGGCUGAGGACGCUGGAGCGCAGGCUGCAAUCCCCAGACCCCGGUCUUCUGGGCUGGGCUUUCCCCGCCUUCCUUUUUCUGUUUUACUCAGCCGCUCUUUGGAUUUUACCGGCUGUUCAGGAAACAGCGUGGCACAGCAUGGGUACCCACGUCCUCGCCCGGCAAGUGCUCCUGGCCUGACAGAGCAGACUUUGCUCCCCGGCAAAAGUAAAGGACUUUUCUCCCAUUCAUGGAGUGGAGCACUCAGGAUGUUUUGCACAUGAGCCCUGAAGAUGAGAACAUUGAGAUGAGAGGCUCAUGAAUGAUCCAAGGUAACACAGCUAGUGAGUGGUACAUGGAGUGAGAGGAACUUGACCUGUUUCCCCACACUGCCAACAAGAUUCGAUUCCAUGCCCACCCAGGGACUGAAGUGUUGCUCACCUCAGGGAUUCUCUGAUACAUUUCCCAUAGCAAGGAAGAGAAGCCAACAUGAAGGAAAAUGUGACACCCACAAUGGUUUUCAUCCUGCUACUUUUUCUCAACAUCAGACUUCUGAAUGGAGAGUCACCUCCUGGAAAACCUGUCAUCUUUAAAUGUCGUUCUCCUGAGAAGGAAACGUUCACGUGCUGGUGGAAGCCAGGAACCAACGGAGGACUUCCCACCAAUUACACACUUACUUACUACAAAGAAGGAGAGAAUAUCAUCUAUGAAUGUCCAGACUACAACACCAGUGGUCCCAACUCCUGUUAUUUUAAUAAGAAGUACACCAGCAUAUGGACACUAUAUGUCAUCAGAGUCAAUGCCACUAACAACAUGGGAAGCAAUGCCUCAGAUCCACGUUUGGUGGACGUGGCUUACAUAGUUGAACCAAACCCUCCUCAGAACAUAACUUUGGAAAUAAAGCGGCCAGAAAACAGAAAACCAUAUCUAUGGAUAAAAUGGUUCCCACCUGCCCUAGUUGACAUAACAUCUGGCUGGCUCAUACUACAGUAUGAAGUUCGAUUAAGACCCGAGAAUGCAGCUGAGUGGGAGGUACAUUUUUCAGGGCAGCAGAAAUAUUUUAAGAUUCUCAGCUUAUACCCAGGACAAAAAUACUUUGUCCAGGUUCGCUGCAAGCCAGAUCAUGGAUUCUGGAGUAAGUGGAGCCCGGAGACCUCCAUUGACAUUCCUAGUGAUUUCAAAAUGAGUGAUACAACCGUGUGGAUCUUUGUGGCCAUUCUCUUUGCUGUCCUUUGUUUAAUUAUGGUCUGGGCAGUGGCUUUGAAGAGCUACAGCAUGAUGACCUGCAUCUUCCCACCAGUUCCUGGUCCAAAAAUAAAAGGAUUUGAUACUCAUCUGCUAGAGAGGGGCAAGACUGAAGAACUCCUGGGUGCCUUUGGAUGCCAAGACUUUCCCCCCACUUCUGACUCUGAGGACUUGCUGGUGGAGUUUUUAGAAGUGGAUGAUUCUGAGGACCAGCAGCUAAUGCCAGCUUUUUCAAAAGAAUACCCAGGUCAAGCUGUGAAAUCUCAACAUCUGGAUCUUGACAAUGACUCUGGUCAUGGAAGCUGUGACAGCCCUUCCUUUUUGUCUGAAAAGUGUGGGGGACCCUGGGCCAAUCCUCCCACUUUCCACACACCUGAGGUCAUUAAGAAGCUAGAGAGUCUGGAAGCAAAUAUUACUUGCACCUGGGACUCCCAGGCCAAAAGUACGAAAGACAAAAUCCUUUACUUCCAUGCUAACGGAUUCAGAUCUUCAACCUGGCCCUUGCCACAGCCAACUCAGCACAACCCCAGGUCUCCUUACCACAGCAUUGCUGAAGUAAGUAAGCUGGCUAAAGGCCCCAAAGCUGCACUGGACACUGUGAUACACAAAGCAAGCAAAGAUGCUUUGCAAUCCUCUAAGACCACUGAGACUGGGGGAGAGGAAAGGGCAAUGGAGCAGAUGGAGGUGGUACGCUUCCCUCCUAAGACUGAGCAAGACACAGCAUGGGUGCUGCCCCAGGAAAAUGCCCCCUUUAUCUCUGCUAAACCCCUGGAUUAUGUGGAGAUUCACAAGGUCAACAGAGAUGGAGCACUAUCACUGACCCCAAAACAGAAAGAUAGCACUGAGCAGGUAGAGAAGCCAAGGGCUCCAGAAAUCAUUAAAGAAUAUGCCAAGGUAGCCAGAGUUACGGAAAACAAUAUCCUAGUGUUAAUGCCAGACCCACGAGGUCAAAACAUAGCUUUGUUUGAAGAAUCUGCCAAGGAGGCUCUGCUAUCCCUUCAGCAGAAUCAAGCUGAGAAAAACAUGGCCUAUUUCACGGUGACACCAAACAACUUCAGACUCCAACAGGAUGGGUUGGGUUACCUGGAUCCUGCAAGCUUCAUGAGCUCCUUUCGUGGAUAGCUUGAGAAAUGGAUGAUUGGCAGAAAUGUGAUUUUUCUUCAGGCUGGCUUUUGCACUUCAUUCAUCGAAACAAUUUAAGAGUCUCAUGUGGAAACCAAAGCAGUCUAGACUCCGCCCAUGGAGUGAUGGUCCUGCAAAGCCAUAUUGAAGUGAAGUCUCUGCCAUAGUGCAAGGUUCCAUAUUUUCAAAGCUACCACUACCUCUGCUUUUCCUUUUUCCCUAGAAAAUGCCAAGCAAAAUUCCUUGACAUUAAGUGGGAAAUCAGAAGUGAUUGUUACAAUGUGUUUUUAUGGAGUACGCCUUCUAAUUCAACACUUUGCAGCUUUUUGCUGUUUUCUGAGUCACCAUUUUUUUACAUUGUUAUAUUUCAUUUAGAAAAACUGGCUGAUGAGUAAAGUUCAGAAUGCAUAUAUCAUCAUCAGAUUUUUUAAAAAUUACAGAGUACAGGUUUAUUUCUUGUAAGUCACUUCAGGGUGGUUUCCCAAAGCCAUGAUAAUCAAUGUGAUUAUUGAAUAUACCCAGCUCAGUGCCUAGCUCAGUAAAUGUUUACAUCCCUUGAUUACCUUUCCUCUAUUUUUUUCUUACUUGAAAUCAAGAAGAGCAAAUUUACAUGUGUGUCUUUGAAACAAUUUUUCAUGAAGAGUGUUUGCUGCUAAUAGAUCUAUAGUUGGGAAUACAACGAAAUUUCCCUAUAUCCCUUAAAAAUAAACCUUUUCUUUAUUUGACUUCAGCCAUCAAGUACACUAUGGUAUGGGAAACAUCAGCCAUUUAUAAGAAAUAAUUUCAAUUCAAUUUUUAAAGUUCAUUUCUAUGUUACUGUUAUACAUCUGUUUUUUUUCUUUUUAGCCUUAAAGAAUUACACUCAUCUGAUUUGUUAUCUUGCAUUUUUAAUUUUGUAAACUUUUGAUUAUUGCACAUUGUGCUUCCUGUUUUCCAAGGACUUUUUCAUUUGCAUCCUUCUAUUUUACAGGGACAGUAUGGACAGUUAAAUCUUUGUCAAAAGAAUGAGAGAUUAUGCUAACUGCUAUUCUCACAUCUUCAUUUUUACUGCAUGCCAAAAACAAUGCUUGCCAAACAAAAUCUUGGACAUCCCAGUGUAAUAUGAUUGUUAUAUUUCUAUUUAUGUAA